AUGCACUUCACCACCGCUUUCGCCUCUGUUGUCCUCCUGGCAGGCUCUGCUUCCGCUGCUUGCCACGGAAGUGGCAUCACCUGGCCCGGUGCCUACCACGUCAUGCUCAGCGAGGCUGAGAACGAGUGCCGUAGGGGUGCUUUCACCGGCUUCUUCCAGCCUGGACAGACGAAGUAUAAGUGUGUCCAGUACGGUAAUGGCGUCAAGCUAGAGUUCUCCAUUCGAAAUGGCAAUACUCAAAGCGGCUUCGACCUCGGCGAUGAUGACUGUGUCAAAGAGUUCCGAAAGGACAUUUAUGACUGCUCCCGCGGAGGUUACCACACAAGCUCCGGUUGGGAGUUCAGUGCUGACCCUAAUGAGGGCCGUUGUUAA